CAUAUAAGAUGCUGUUCACCUUUUGGCACAUCGCUUCAGGUGUCACCACAGCGACCACAGGUGGCUUGGCAGAGAUUUUUAUGCCACAUUCCCUUCCUGACACAACCCUGCUUAACCAGGCUGGGGACAGGUACAGGGAAAACCAGACUUGGGCCCCUUAAUGGCUACAUAGUUAGUUAGUAGCAGAUACCUGUCUAAACUGUAGAAAAAAAAAAUCAAAUGACAAGAAAAAAAUUACUUUUGAUAUUGGAUUACGUUUAAUAUCUGUAAUAUGACUGUGAGUACUUCUCAUUAAAACAUAUGUUUUAAAUAUGUUUUUUUUUUUAAUUUACAACUGUGUGUAACUAAGUGAGUGUAGAGGCAUUUUUAAAAUUUAUUUAAUCUAAAACAGGACUUUACCAGAAAUAUUAAUUAUUUACUUUUUUUUUUAAUAAAUUCACUAUUUUUAUCCCUACUCUUGUUUCUAAACCAGUCAUAUUGUAAUACUUAAAAUUACUAUUGCACUAAUAAUACAUAAUAAUAAAUAAAUAAUAAUGAACUAAAUAAUAAUAAAUGCUAUGACAGUACACUUUCUACAUUAUAAAAUGUGACACCAUCUUGAAUAAUUUUAAUUCCUUUUUUAUUUUUAUUUUUAAAAUGAUCUUCACUUUGAUUCUUUUAUUUUGUAAUCCACACAUUAACUCUUUCCCACGCGGGCGCUUCCAGCCUGAAGGUAUGGCGUCAUCACCGUCGCACUCCCUGAUUGGUCGGCGGCCCGGUAUAAAGUUCCGCAGCGACUCUCGACUCUCAAACUGAUGCCGUCUCUCUGCUGACAUAUUCACCGCUGCUGCUACCUCCUCCUCCUCACAGCCGGAGAAUUUAGGUAACAUUACUUCCCUCCUUCCUCCUCGCCGUGUCCCUGAAGCCCCCCACCUCUGUCACCAUGAAGGAGCGACGACCCCCGCAGCCGUUCGUGGCGCGGUGUAAGCUGGUGCUGGUCGGGGACGUCCAAUGCGGUAAAACGGCGAUGCUGCAAGUGUUCGUGAAGGACAGCUAUCCAGAGACUUACGUCCCCACUGUGUUUGAGAACUACACGGCCAGCCUGAAUCUAGAAGACCAGCGUGUGGAGCUCAGUCUUUGGGAUACAUCAGGCUCACCGUACUACGACAACGUCAGGCCCCUCUGCUACAGCGACUCUGACGCGGUGCUGCUCUGCUUCGACAUCAGCCGGCCGGACACGGUAGACGCCGCGCUGAAGAAGUGGAAAGCAGAAAUUCAGGACUUUUGUCCCAGCACUCGAGUCCUCCUCAUAGGCUGCAAGACAGACCUGCGCACAGACGUCUGCACACGCAUGGAGCUGUCCCAUCAGAAACAGGCUCCAAUCUCCCAGGAACAGGGUUCAUGCUUUGCCAAGCAGCUGGGAGCUGCUGCGUACCUGGAGUGCUCGGCCUUCACGUCAGAGAAGAGCAUCCACAGCGUCUUCCGUACCGCCGCCCUGGCCUGCACCAACAAGCUGCAGGCUGCGGACAAACCCAGCCCGGUCCGCCGCCUCUCCAAAAGACUGCUCCACCUGCCCAGCAAGACAGAGCUACUCUCCUCCAGCUUCAGCAAGGACAGGUCCAAAAGCUGCUCCAUCAUGUGAAGCCCACUGUGACACGCCUGUGAACUGCACUGCAGCUGGGGCAGUUUGGGGGCAAAGCAAAGCAAUGAUGCAAACUUCAUAUAAAGCUUCGAACUUUAACAUUCAGUAAUAUCCAGACUCACCUCAAACUGCUUUAAAUCAGCAAAAAUAGCCGCAUAUUUCCACUCUUUUGACUGUGUUAAAGUGAUAUAAAGUGUGUGUAGCUUCGUAGUCGUGUCCUUUCCCUUCCAUCACUCUGCCAUGAUGUCUGGUAAAGGUCACACUACUGCUGGAGUGGCGGGAUGAAACGUAAAAUGUGACAGAGAUGGGGAGCUUGGGGAGAAAAAUCCCUCAGGUGACCUGUCACUGUAACCAUGAGCAAGUUAGAGUGGAUCACAGACUCUUAACUCCAAGAUUAACCUUCUUUAAUCAAAGACGGAUUUUACACCUCUUCCAGCGACAGAUCUGACAGGAAAGCAUCUUUUCAACAUUUGAGCUUCUUUCUCUUUUGAGUUUUAAAGUUUUCUUGCAGCACUCAGAGAAAGCACAUCUGUUAGCCACUGACCAACCUGUCAGCUGGAGGUUGAGUUCCCGUCCUUGACAUCCGACUGGAUGUCGGGGAGUGGGGCACAGUCUUACAUGAAUGUGUCAAUGUUCGCCCAUUGCUUGUUUGUGUCAAAAAAAAUGACACGAGCAAAAAAACUCAGGUUGUGUCCGAAUUCCCUCACUACUUAGUGUAAUGCUUUCCCCAUUUUAUAGGGCUGUGUGAAUCUACAAUUCAGAAAUUUCCCAGAAGUCCCUGCGAAAAACUAGUGUGCAUAGAUGCUUAUCUAAAUUGGCGAAUAAUUAUUUUUCAUUUUAUUUUAACUUGUUUUUUUGUUAAAUAUCAUCAGAGCACAGUGGAUUCAUUAAAAUAUAUUUGUAAAACGUUCAUAUUAUUUUUUAAAUUUAUUUAAUAACAAUACAUACCAUCAAAAUAAUAUAAAAUAAAAGUAUAACAGGAAAUGAAUGAAAACGUAUAUUAUUUGUCCCUAUUUAUUGAAAACAAAUCAAAGUACAUCAAAAAAAUGUACUUAACCGUAUAUUUAAUUUGGGAAAUUUUUGACACCAUAUUUGCUUUUUAAAAAAAAAGUGUCGCAAUUGCUUUUAAAAUCUUGAGACAGUCGUACACUGUAGUUUUUGAACAGGGUGGGAAUUCGGACAUGUCCUCAGUCUUCCAUGUUUUAUCGUGAAAUAAACAAUUUCACAUUUUUAAGUGUAAUGUCGCUUCAAAUAUUGCAUACAUGAUAAUUUUACUGGAUUUUGUUUUAUUUAUUUAUAUCUGCCUAUAAAAAUCAAAGGCGGUUCUAACCGUGUUCAGUUGAAAACUGUGAUCCUCUAAUGUAACCAAACAGAAGCUUAAGUUGAAAUUGUUACAUGCGAGUUUAAAUCUGAUUUUUUCUUUUUUCUGAUUCAUCAAAUUCUUCACCGACUUGCACCUCAAACGGGCUGGUCCCGUCCUUCUUUGAUUUGGUUCUUGUCGCUCUUCUCCCCUCGCCGUGCCUCCGUCUGUGGACGUUUUCUCCACUGACGUCUUCUCGACAGCUCGGCUUAUGGAAGACUCCACGAUUUGCAGCCUGCAAAAAGAGCAGCGAAAUUUAAAGCGUUGCUUAGCAACAGGGCGAGAGGGGAGGGGCAGGUGGGGGUCUGUUGCUGUCUCCGCAGCAGAGGGAGGGAGGGACGGACUCACCUUUCUUUUGUAGCAUCAGAAUGAAGUUGAGGGAUUUCUACGCAGACGAGGCUGAAAGGACCCCAUGCUGGUGGCAGCCGUGCACUGGCUGUUAAAACGGGGGAGGGCGGGGUUCCUUUGUAGCCAUCACGCCAGUUUUCAGCAUGAAAAGCUUCCAUCUUCAUGUUCCUGACAAUUAUGGUCGUUGUUUUGUUGUAUCCGCUCCAGGUUUUGACAUGUUUUUGUACAUAUCCUUCCUCAUGAAGCUGUUUUAGUACAGAAUCCAAACAUGCUUGUAUGAAGUCGCCUAUCAUGACUUAAAUUAUUGACUGAAUUCUGUAUUUGUAAUCGUCAUACUACCUUGAAAACUUUUAUUUAAAUAAAAAUGCCUGAACUUA